AAUAAUGGAAAAGAAAAGCCGACCAAAAAACGCGUCUUAUGCAUACAACUAAAACUAACAACAACACACAAAGUACGCGGUUUACCUUUGGCGGUUCUUUCUUUGCUCACCAUUCGAUUCGCUGCCCCUCCCACUCCGUCUUUCCCCUCCUCAACCUACUCCCAUUGCUAUCUUCUUCAUAAUUCUUAGUUGUAUGGAAUACUCUCGUUACCGUUACUAAUGAGGAUUUCACUCUUUUCAUGGAUUUUCUUGAAUUCUUUUAUAGCAGUUUUCAUUAGCAUCAAUGUAGUUUGCGUUUCUGCCCAAUGUCAAAGCGAUCAGAGACAGUUGUUGCUCAAAUUGAAAAGAAGCCUCAAUUCUACUUCAUUAGGAAAGCUGGUGAAGUGGAAUCACACCACGGAUUGCUGUUCUUGGGAUGGUGUAAGCUGCGAUGAAGGUGGUCGGGUUAUCGGCCUUAACUUGAGCAACCAAUCAAUUUCAGGUGCAAUUGAGAAUUCAAGUAGUCUAUUCAGUCUUAAGCAUCUGCAGCGACUCGAUUUGUCUUACAACAGACUCAGCUCAGCUUUUCCUUCAGGGUUUGACAAGUUUGCAAAUUUGAGUUAUCUUAAUUUGUCAAACGCAGGAUUUAAAGGUCAAAUUCCAGCUGAGAUUUCAAGCAUGACAAGGUUGGUUACUCUGGACUUAUCUGUAAGUUUAUUACUUGGAAGACCCUUGAAACUUGAGAAGCCAAACCUAAAGACGCUCGUUCAAAAUCUCCCGAGGCUAAGAUUUCUCCAUCUUGAUGGCGUAUAUAUAUCAGCAAGAGGAAAUGAGUGGUGUCAGGCCUUGUCCUCACUGACCAGUUUGGAAGUGUUGAGCAUGUCCAACUGUAAUCUUUCAGGACCUAUAGAUUCUUCCUUUUCGAAGCUUCGGUCUCUCACAGUAAUCCGCUUGGACAACAACAACUUGUCUGCUCCACUUCCAAAAUUCUUUGCAGAAUUCUUAAAUUUAACUUCCCUUCGUCUUACUACUACUAGACUGCGUGGAAGACUCCCAGAAGAAAUCCUCCAAGCACCUACAUUACAGAUUCUUGAUUUGUCAAGCAACAAAUUGCUCUCAGGUUCGUUUCGAAACUUUUCUCUGAAUGCAUCUCUUCAGACCUUGGUACUUAGUGACACAAAAUUUGGGGGACAAGUACCAGAAUCUAUUGGUAACCUUGGGCAAUUGACAAGGAUAGAGCUUGCACGUUGCAAUUUCACUGGACCAAUACCAGAUUCAAUCCUGAAACUUACAAACCUUGUCUAUCUGGAUUUUUCAUCCAACAAUUUUUCUGGUCCAAUGCCAUCAUUCUCAUCAUCAAGAAAUCUUACACAGCAAAACCUUGCUCAUAAUCAGUUAAAUGGCACAAUUCAGUCCACCGAUUGGUCAGGGCUUUCUAAGCUAGUAAGUAUUGACUUGCGAAACAACAAAUUCAGUGGAACAAUCCCAACAACUUUAUUCCGCAUUCCUUCACUGCAGAAAAUUCUUCUUUCACAAAAUCAAUUCGGUGGUAACCUCCGGCUUGGUGACCUCCAUGGUGAGGCCUAUUUACUAGAUACUCUUGAUCUUAGUAGCAAUAAGUUACAAGGGCCACUUCCGGAGUCUGUAUUUGAACUUCAAGGUCUCAAGAUACUGUCGCUUGCUUCAAACAACUUCAGUGGCUUUAUACCGCUGAGUGCCAUUCAGAACCUGAGAAAUCUUUCCAGUCUUGAUCUCUCCCAUAACCGGUUGUCUAUUAAUGCCAGUGCUAUUAAUCCUUCCUUGCCUUCCUUCCCCAACAUUACCACAUUGAAGUUGGCUUCUUGCAACUUAAUGAAAUUCCCUGAUUUCUUGAAAGAUCAGAAUAGAUUAGUCUAUCUAGACCUUUCAAACAACAAUAUCCAUGGGGAAAUACCCAAAUGGAUUUGGGAAGCCAGAGGUCUUCUUCACCUAAAUCUUUCUCAGAACUUUCUUGUAGAAUUCGAAGGACCUUUGCAGAAUAUAACUUCUACUCUUAGUGUUCUUGACCUUCAUGGCAACCAGUUGCAAGGGAAAUUUUCAUUUUUUCCGCAAGAUGCCACCUAUCUGGAUUACUCAAACAACAAUUUCAGCUCUGAUUUACCAGCUGAGAUUGGAGACUACCUAAAUUUCGCUUAUUUCUUCUCUCUCUCGAGUAAUAAUUUUCAAGGGAGUAUCCCCAGUUCAAUAUGCAACAGUACAUAUCUUCAAGUACUUGAUCUGUCUAAUAAUUCCCUGAGUGGUGGAAUUCCUGAAUGCCUGACACAUUUCAGUAUGUCUCUUGGGGUGCUGAAUCUAAGGAGAAACAAUCUCAGUGGUGUCAUUUCUGAUACAUUUCCGCAAGACUGUGGGUUGCAAACUCUAGAUCUAAAUCGAAAUUUGCUGCAAGGAAAGGUUCCAAAAUCCUUGGCCAACUGCAAAAUGCUGGAGGUUUUAGACCUUGGAAACAAUCAGAUCAAUGAUACGUUCCCAUGUCAUUUGAAGAAUAUAUCCAGGUUGCGUGUCCUUGUCUUACGAGCCAAUAAAUUUAAUGGGAACAUUCAUUGUCCUGAGAAAAGCCCCUGGCCUGUGCUUCAGAUUGUUGACUUAGCUUCCAACAGUUUUAGUGGUAGACUGCAUUACACAUGCUUGUUGACCUGGAAGGCCAUGCAGACUGUCGAAGAUGAAGCGCAAUCAAAGCUCAAACAUCUUCAGUUUGAAAUCCUACAACUCAAUCCAUAUUACUAUAAGGAUGCAAUAACAGUUACCAUGAAAGGCUUAGAGUUGGAGCUGCUCAAGAUCCUAACAGUGUUCACCUCCAUUGACAUUUCAUGCAACAACUUUGAAGGGCCAAUACCAGAAGUGAUCGGAUCAUUCAAAGCACUUUAUGUCCUUAACCUUUCGCAUAAUGCUUUCACAGGGUCAAUCCCAUCAGUUUUAGGAAACCUGAGACAACUUGAGUCCUUGGACCUCUCAAGUAACAACUUUCAUGGUGAGAUCCCAUUCCAGCUAGCAAACCUCAAUUUCCUUGCAUUUCUAAAUGUCUCAAACAAUAAGCUAAUGGGACGGAUCCCGACAACUACCCUGCUUCAAUCAUUUGCAAAAGCUUCUUUUGAAAACAAUGCUGGAUUAUGUGGACCUCCUUUAAAGAGAAAAUGCCAAUUGCCACCAGCUAUCAAACAGAGCUCUUUCGAUUCUAGGACUAGGAGCCACAUCCACUGGAAUUUUAUAAGUGCUGAGAUAGGUUUUUUCUUUGGGUUUGGAAUUGUCAUUACGCCACUAAUCUUUUGGAAGAGAUGGAGGAUAUGGUAUUAUAAGCGCAUUGAUCUUGCUCUUAUCAGGCUUCUACCUUGGCUGGUUCUUGAAAUCAGAAAGCAUGGGAGUAGAGCUAACUGGAACCAAAGGAGGAGGCUCUAGCAACAAUUGCAGGAAUUGAGUGAAAAGAAAUUUGUAUUUUCCAUUUUCUGGCUUCUAUUUCACCUGUAUGCUUUUUUUGCCGCUUCUCUUUCCACCCUUUGCUUUCCUUGUAAAAGGUUUAUCCUGGUUCUUUUGAAACAAAUCGACUUAUUCCCAAAAAAAAAAAAAGGUCGCGUUCCAGCUACUUGUUCGGAGCUAGCAUUCUUUCGGUUUUAGCAAAUACAAAAUAGCUUCACUUAUCUAGCUGAUCACUUGCACGAUUGCAUUAAUGGCAGAACGCUCAUCACUUGGACAACUUAUCCAGAAUGACACUAGUGACUGAAGCUAAAAGUUAAUCUAAUACAUGCCUGAUAAUAAUUUAGUUUCACCUGAUCUUAUCUUGUUUGGAGGUUUGCUACAUAAUAAAAAUGAUACAGACUCCAACCACUUAGAUUGGAUGAUUCACCUAAACCUUAUCGAUCGCCUCUCCAUUGUGAAAAUUUGUCAUCUAUUUUGCGUUAUGUCAAAUCUGAAAUAACUUGUAUUCAGAGCACCCAUAAUCAUAAGAUGAAGCUUUUGCUUAAAAAGUUUUACUAGUAAUUCGUAAGACAGAUUUUUCCUCCACAUGAUAAGGGAAGAAGGGCCGAUAGAUUUCAGAAGGGAAGUUAUUGUAAUGGUGGAGUAGUAAAUUAUACUGUCGUAAACAAUGCAAGUAACAGUCUCGCUUGUAAACUUUGCAUUAGCAAUUAAUAGUAUAGCUUUUCCAAUAUAUAGUCCUGAUUUCCACAUGAUACAUUAGAAAUUUUCAAAAUAAAAUAUGAGAAUAUUGAAAAAUAAAUAAAUAAAAUAAUCGUUUAAAUUAAGAGGAGUAGAAGUCCA